ACGAAGUCUGACGCCAUCUUGAUGCCUAGACUCUCGCCAGGCCUUCACUCGUUAUCCAAGAUGGCGAUCUUCAGUGUGUACAUUUUAAAUCGUGCAGGAGGCCUUAUUUAUCAUUACGAUCAUUUUACACCAAAAAGUGAAGUGGAAAAGACAUUUAGCUAUCCUUUAGAUAUUAUGCUUCGCGAAGAUGAUAAGUUGGUCGUAAUAUUUGGUGAAAGAGAUGGCAUAAAAGUUGGCCAUGCCUUGCUAGGAAUCAACGGUGAACCAGUAACAGGGAAACGCUUGCCCGACGGAAGAGAAGCAAUGGAAGUCAUAAAAAACCAAGAGAACUACCCAAUAUCCUUGAAGUUUGGUCGUCCAAAAUUGACAACAAAUGAGCGGAUUAUGUUAGCAAGCAUGUUUCAUCCGCUCUAUGCAAUCUCUGCAAAGCUGUCACCAGAACAGAGAUCUUCUGGAAUUGAAGUCUUAGAAGCUGACUCAUUCAAACUCCAUUGUUACCAGACACACACAGGCUUGAAGUUCAUUGUAUUGACAGACCCAAAACAACUUGGAAUGGAUAAUUUCCUCAAGAAAAUUUAUGAGUUGUAUUCAGACUUUGCCCUGAAGAACCCAUUCUACUCAUUGGACAUGCCCAUAAGGUGCGAACUAUUCGAUACCAACUUACAGAAAGCCUUAGACCAAGCUGAGAAAUCAAAUCUUUAUUCAAGUAAUCCUUCCUUAGCUUAAACAAGGCCACAUCAAGAU